CAAAGCCAAAUUUUGAUACUUCCAAGUCGCGCGUGAUUUGUCAGCUGUUAGUUGUCACACCUACUCAUCAGCCAACCAAUUCGCCAUCAAUAGCAAACCAAGCGGAUUGAUCAUCUCAUCUCAUCUCAUCGACCGAGCAUUCUAGCGAGCGAGCGGCCAAGCCAGCAAGAUCGACUCCUCACUCUCUCACCGAUCUAGCAGCAGCAGUGGUAGUAGCUAGCAGCGUCAGCGUAGCAAGGGGUUGCGAGAAUGGCCUCGCCGUCAGCGCCGGGGCCGAAGCUGCAGAAGGCGAUGGUGGCGGUGGACGAGAGCGAGUUCAGCCACCACGCGCUGGAGUGGGCGCUGCGCAACCUCGCGCCGACCAUCGCGCCGCCGCUGCUCGUGCUCACCGUGCAGCCGCUCCUCCCCCUCGGCUACGUCUCCGCCGCCUCCUUCGGCUCCCCUCUGGGCACCCCCGUUGUAGCCCCGGAGCUGAUCAAGGCGAUGCAGGAGCAGCAGCAGCAGCUCUCGCAGGCGCUCCUCGACAAGGCCAAGCAGAUCUGCGCGCAGCAUGGGGUGGCUGUAGAGACAAUGAUCAAAGUAGGAGAUCCUAAGGAGAUGAUAUGUCAAGCAGCUGAGGAAUCAAAGGUUGAUUUACUGAUCGUUGGGAGUCACAGCCGUGGACCUGUACAAAGGUUGUUUCUUGGAAGUGUCAGCAAUUACUGUAUGCAUCAUUCGAAGUGCCCAGUUCUUGUUGUGAAGAAGCAGGAGUAAAUAAGCUUUCCGAAUCUCAAUAAAAAUCUUUGUGUAUUGUCGAUGUGUUAUCCUCAACAAUGCAAUAAACAAAGCCGUAUUAGAUGAUAUUCAGAUAACUGAAUAAUGUAUUGUGUAAAUAGUCAAGAUUAUCUUGCAAAUAAAUAUCCGCUUCUUGUUGCUGUAAAGUAAGGGCGUUUCCUUUAGGAGUAUCAUCCAUGUAGCUGGCAUCUGUUGCAGAACCGAAGACGAUGAACACCCAACUUGUGUAUAUAUGUGAUAUGUGUGUAUGUUUUGUUACUUAUUCACAAUGUGUCUCGUUCAUCUU